UGAUGAUGCGUGUUUUGCUAAAAAUGCAGCUGAUUUAAUUUCUAAUAACAUCUGUCAUCGAAAAAGUUGCGUCAUUUCUCAUCAAACUUUUUCUAAAUGAAAGAUCAAAUGCUUUGCAUUCGAAUUUUGUGUUCCAUUCUGUAAUAUUUGAGAUUCAUUUGCUACUGUGUUUGCUUUUUAUAAAGAAGCCAAGAUGGAUUCAUCAGAAAGUGAUUAUUCUUGGCCCUUUACUACAGCAAAUAUUAUCGAUUAUGAAGUAUUGUGUCUUCAGACUGUGUAUUCCAAAGCGCCAAGUAUUAAAAAAACUCUUUCAUCGUUAGAAGCUUUUACAAAAGAGUGUAAAUUGAUAGCAGAUAGAAAUGGUGUUGAAUAUUAUACUUAUUCUCAACUUCAUUUUCUAAAAGAAAUGGUACUGACAAUACCUUUCGAUACAGCAUUUCUUGAUUUUCUUGUGAACAUCAACUACUCUUUAUGCAAACCUAAGUUUUUUGACAAUUUCAAAAAUGUUUUGAUGAAUGAAUAUAUUCAUCAUAUGGAAAAGUAUCUGUCAACAUCUCUCAAGGCUUCAGUGGAACUCGAUGGUGGAAUUCUGUUAACUUCUCAAGUAGAAACUAUUGUAAAGAAGUUCUUAAGAGUAUUUCAUAUUUUGAAACUAGACCCAGAAUUGACUUCAGAAAAUUUAGUCCAAUACGAAUUCUUGGCUGAGCUUUUAAAAGUUUGUCAUUCUGUGAAUGUCCAAGAUAGUCAACUGGUUGUAUCUUUAUUGAAGUUAACCAUCGACAGAUAUGUGAGUGAAAAUUGUGGCGUCAUGUUUGUGAGACAGCCCCAUUAUCCUCUUGAGUUCUUCGAAUAUAUUCUAAAGCAUGUGACGAGAGUGAAAUUUGAUUUACUUCAGUAUUACAGUAAUCAUUCCCGAACGCUAUGGGAUUGUGCAAGAAAUUUUUCUGUGAUAUGUGCAGCAUCAUUCGGAAAAGUUGACCAAGUUUUAGGUUUGCUUCAACACGGUUUCGAUAUUUUCCCAGAUUAUGAAGCACGGCAUAGUGGACAUGGCUAUCCUCAUAUCAAAGAAAUUAUGUCUCCAACAAACCGCAUGGUAUUACAAAUCAUGUCCAGGAUGAGACUGGUGAAUUGUUUCACUUCGGAUUCUGAUCAGCCUCCUGAAAAUGGUUACUACAUGACAACACCAAAACAAGAAGAAUGCUUCAGACUCAUUUGGAGAGCCUUACCGGAACCUUAUGUGACACACUCCCAACUAGCUUUAGAUAUAUCUACAGAAUAUUUUUAUCUUGCUUUACAUGCCAUUUUUAGGCCAUUUCGUCACAACAAAAACUUGAAGCUGGCUGCCAUGUAUGAAACUUGUUUCGAAGAUAUGGCUGUUGGACCACAUGAACCGAGGUCCUUGAAACAUCUUUGUCGAUGCACCAUUCGAAAAAGGCUGCAUCAGACCCGCAGCUUACCAAAUGGUGUAUUUCAUCUAGGACUUCCUAAAUCAUUGGAGAAGUAUUUAAACUUGGAAUAUGAUUGAGUUGUAUCAGAUUAUAUAGUCCGUAAUUUAUAUAACAAAUUAUUUCAAAACACUUGUGUUGGAAAGUUGUCACGGAUAUUUCAGCGAUAAGUUUCCUUUUCUUUUUUUAUUUGCAUUCAUAAUCAGUGUUCUUCAUGGUAAUCGGAAUUAAUCUUAUUCUUGAGAUCUGGUCUGAGAGAAGAUAUUCAAUAACGAACUUUUAAAAUCGCAUGGAGAAAGUGUGGCCAUAGUAAAUAUACGAGUUAUUUCUAUUCCAAAGCAGAUUUAUUCUGUUUUUGUUUUUAUUCUCUGUAUUUGAAACGGAAAAAAAAUUAAACAAAAUUAAAAUACAAAAACAACAUCUUGGAAUUUAUAUUUUAAUGCCAAAAGUUAGGGAAAUAAAAAUAAUCUAAAAUCAUGAAAUUAUCUGAAAAGAUUUGAGUUUCAGUAUAAAAAUUACUUUUCAUCCGACUUAAAACAGAAAUAUUGCUUUAAUUAUUAAUAACAUAAAUUUUGGACCAACCAUAUAUCUAUUUUCCUAUUUUAUAAUCGCAAAAUAUAUCUACCCCAUCCAAUUUUGUGUUUUGAUUCUAAAUGAUUAUUAUUAUACCUUAAUUCUCAUUUUAUCUUAAUAUUUAUUAGUAAUUAUUUCAGUAAAAAAGUCGAUAAGGUUGUUAUUAUAAUAAAAUUAGGUAAUCAUGCUUUUGGAAUAAUCGGAUUUGUCAUUAAUAAAUAGAAAAUAAAAUCCUGUAUGUAUCUGUAUAAGUAACUAACUUUAAAUAUUAUAAUUAUUUUAAUUUGUUUUUAAAUGGUUAGUAAAUAUCAUCAAUAUGUUUCUAUACGUACAAGAAAAUAUUUAUAGAUAAUAUAUGUUUAUUAAAUCUUUCAAAAUGAUGCAUUAACAUAGAAGAAAAAAUCUGCAAAUCCAAAUAUUCAAUGAAUUUUGCAAGAAGUUUGAAGGUCUAGAUCUCUAUAUUUCACUGCUGAAAUAAAAACUGUAAGUGAGAAAAAUUGAUAAAUUAUUAUUGAAAUAAAUCACGUGAUUUACAGGCUAAAAAAAAGAUUAGAAAUUUAUACAUUGCAAAUUAAGAUCGCUAUGAAAAAGUUUUGAAUAAGCAAUAAUUGCAGAAAUAAAACUUGCUUUUUAUAAUUAAAUAUAUUAUAAUUAGAUUAAAUUUAACUGUGCAAAUUCGCUAUGAAUAGCUUUUUACAAAAUAAACAUUUUACGUUUCUUUCAAUAUUAAUACAAAGGAAUUUAACUUAUUGGAAUUCGGCUAAAAUUUUAAUCAUUUUUUUGUUGUUGUUCUCUUGAAUUUUAUUAAUAUCGUGCUGAAAUUCAUUCUUAAUUCGAAUUUAAUUUAUUAAAUUCGAAGUCGAAAUUAGAAAGUCUAAGAUAGUAGUUCUUAUUUUGAAAUGCUUCCAAUUUUGAAUUUUGUCCGCAAAUGGUGAAAAUCGUGUUUGUUUUAUUUUAUUUAAGUAGUUAGUAUUAAGUUUUAUUGAACAAUUGUUGUACUC